CAACGCCCGCGCCGCGUCCCGUAAACCAACGCCGACUUUGAAAGAACGAUGUUGGGUCGCGAUUAAAUUACGAUUUUAUUUAAAUACACAACUUUUUUGUUGUUUUUUUAGCGUGCGUUCGGCUGCAGAGGAGCAACAGCGGGUACGGAUUUUGCGUCUUGCUUUUUUUUUGGCGAGCGAUACGGCGGCUGCGGCGGCGGCACGCAUUGGAAUGGAUGACACGCUGGUGAGAGUAGCAGUGAGGAUUCGUCCACUGUUACGCAAUGAAAUUCUUUACAGCCAGCAGACAUGUGUACGAGUAGUACCAGGGAGCCAACAAAUUCUGCUGGGAAAAGACCGAGCGUUUACUUUUGACCACGUGUUUGGGUCAAAAGUGGCACAGGAAGAGGUGUACAAGACGUGUAUACAGCCACUCGUGAAAUCAUUUGUUGAUGGCUACAAUGUGACAGUUUUUGCAUAUGGCCAGACGGGCUCUGGAAAGACGUUUACAAUAGGAGGAGCAAACAUUGCCUCGAGUAUUGAGGAUGAGAGGGGAAUCAUCCCACGAGCAAUUGCAGAUUUGUUUUUUGCAAUGAAGGAAAGCCACAAUACGGACUUUUCCGUUGGUGUGUCUUACAUUGAAGUUUACAAGGAGGAGCUGAGAGACCUUUUGGAUAUUGAGACGUUGAGUAAAGAUAUGCACAUCAGAGAGGAUGACAAAGGAAAUACAGUUAUUAUUGGGACAAAAGAGAGUGUGGUGGAGACGGAGGAUGAGGUGUUAAGUUUAUUGGAGGCUGGUAAUGCUGCUCGGCAUACUGGCACUACCCAGAUGAAUGAGCACUCAAGUCGGUCACACACCAUAUUCACCCUGACUGUUACUCAGAGGCGUCCCUAUGGGUCAUCCAACUCUGGAGACAACCUACACGAUGAAUCUGAAGUGAAUGCUUUCGAGUCACUAUCAUCAAAGUUUCACUUUGUUGACCUGGCUGGUUCUGAAAGGGUAUCAAAAACUGGCAACACAGGAGAGAGGUUCAAGGAGUCCAUACAGAUCAACAGUGGUCUUCUUGCCCUUGGUAAUGUCAUAAGUGCCUUAGGGGACCCAAAACGAAAGAGCUCUCACAUUCCCUAUCGUGAUGCCAAAAUCACUAGAAUUCUAAAGGACUCGCUUGGAGGUAAUGCAAAGACACUAAUGAUAGCCUGCAUCAGUCCCUCAUCAGGAAACUUUGACGAGACUAUUAAUUCGUUGAAGUAUGCAAACAGGGCCAAAAACAUCCGUAACAAACCAGUUGUAAACUACAACCCAGACUGGGACAGAAUAGAUGAAAUGGAGCAGGAAAUCAAGACGUUGCGGGAAGCCCUUCACAAUCAGCGAUCUACUUUAGCAACACGAGCCAGUCAUGUAUCACAAGAUUUCCAAGCUCAAGACAGGUUGCGUAUAAAAUCCUUGGAGGAUCAGGUGGGAAGUUUACAGACGGAGUGCAACCACUACCGAAAUUGUACAGAUGAAGCUUACCGCUUUCUCAUGGAAUUACGUAGAGCCUCCAACAUUACACGGAACCAGGCUCAACGUGCAAAGGAAUGGCUUGACCUUGCAGAAGAGUAUAGAGAUGACAUUGCAACUGCAUCUGAAAAGGAUAGUGGGGUGCAGAGCACAGGCGAGGAUCCACACCAUGUUACUAUCCUGCAGCUCAAACGAGAACUCAAGAAAUGCCAGGAUGGUCUGGCAGCAGACGAGAAUGUAUUUGGACUAAAAGAAAAGGAGCUGCAAGAGCUGCAUGAGAAGGUAAUGGCACUUGAAGCAGAGAACAAGGAGUGCCUGGCUGCUCUGGAGGACGCCAUGGAGCGCUACAAACAACAGAGUGACAAGGUGGUUGAGCAACAGAUGGUGAUUGCAGAUUUUGAGAACAAGUUGCAUAUGCUGAAAUCACAGCAUGCUGGCAUAAAUCCAGAUAUUGUCCCCGUCAGUCCUGUCUUAUCGGAGCUUUUUAGACGCCCACACACAGUUCCUCUCAAGGCUGUCCGACCUAUCCACUUAAGUGCUGAGCAAGCCAGCCAAAGCCUAUUUACACAGAAGGCUCGAAAGGUGCACACGAGCCCUCCGACGUACUCUCUGGAGCGUGUGGUGGCCAGAUUCCAUGCCCGCAGUCAGCUUCUGCUAAAACAGCUGGAGGAACAGGACGAGGUGCUGCGGGAGAGUUUCUCUGAUGAUGGUGAUGAGAUGGAUAAGCCUGAGCUACACAGCAACGUCAGGCGCUCUGUUAAUCGGACGUGGAGCCGUAAACCAACUUCAUUCGUGAGCAUCAACAAACAAAGCAGAGGCUUUGUGUCUAAGAUGGCAGAGCAAAGUGGGGAGAUCCCUGAAAUUAUCACUUCAUCAGGUGUUAGUGUGGCUGGAAAUGAUGAUGAGGAGGCCGUUUUACAAAAGAGCCAAAUGGUGAACAAAAGGCGGCUGAAGGAUUCGGAGAUACGCUUCAUGCAGGCGCAGCAGAAGAACCGCGAGCUUGCAAUAAACAUCCGUAUGAAGGAAGAGCUGAUCCGCGAACUUGUUAAAACAGGCAAAAUGGCGCAGGCGAUGAACCGAGAGUACUCUGAGAAAAUGCGGGAGGCAGAGCGUGAGACCACUGCGGCACGAGCAGAACUUCAGGAGUCCCAGCGGCAGCUGCAAGAGGUCGAGCAAAAGGAAAUGAGGGAUGUGGCUGAGAAAGCACGCUUGCAGAAGGAGUUUCGCAAAAGGAUGGAAGCCGCCAAGGUUAACAUUCAGAAGCUGCAUAAGAAGCAUCAGGACACAGAGAAGCUGGCUUCAAUAGCAACACAAGGUGAUAAGCGUCAGAAGGAUUUGGAGCGGCAGGUGGAGGUUAUGAAGCAGCAGCAAGCCUCUUUCCAGAAGAAACUGCAAGCUGAGACCGAGCAAAAGAGGCGGUUGGAGAAUGAGAUGGAACGGGAACUGCAGCGCAUUAAGGAUCUUGAGAAGAAGAAUGAACAACAGCAGAAGGUCCUGGAAGUAAAGUCUCUAGAGAUGGCGGCUCUUCAAAAACAAAAGCAAAGUGGAACCUUCAUGUCCAUUGAAGACAAGAAGCUUGAGGAGCAGAAGACCUGUCUGGAUGAGGAGAUGGAGCGGGUUCUUGAGCAGCGGCAUGCCCUGUUGGAGCUACAGCAGGAACUUAGCAGGCGUGAAGACAUAUUAGCCAAGAAAGAAGCCCUGUUUCAGGAGAGAAGCCAGCUAGAGAUUAAGCGUCUACGAUCAAGUCAGGUGCUCAAUAAUGACUUGACUCGUUUGUCAAGCCGCCUGGACAUAGUGGACCGAGAGAUUUCCGAUCGGAGCAAGAAACUUGGGACUACAAGUGAUGCAGAGCAGCGCAGGGCAGCUGAGGAGUUGGCUGUUCUGCAGCAGGAAAAGCAGCAGUUGCACGAGCGCAGGAUAGAGCUUGAAAACAAACUUAAGGCAGGCAAUGUCCUGGGUACUGAGGAGAGGACUCUGUUUCGACUGGAUGAAGAGAUAGAUGCUUUAGAAGCAGCUAUUGCCUACAAGGAUGAAUUCAUUAGUAACCAGCAGCGGGCCCUGCGAGCAUCUACCAGUGCCCUGACCCAGAGCCAAGCCAACAUGAUGGGCAGGCUGAGCUGCUUGUCGAAUUCAGAAAUCAGGACCCUUCUCUGUAGAUAUUUUGACAAAGUCGUGUCUCUGCGCGAGGCAGAGCGCAGGCUGAAUGUGCAGUGUGCCGAGGCAGAAAUGCGUGCAGACGAACAGGAACGUAUUGUUCGGGAGUUGGAGCUGGCCUUGGACAGGGUGGCCAUGGAUAUGGACAGGAAACUUACAGUCCUUCAACAAGAGUAUGAACAAAAAGUUCAGCUGCUGCUUCAACAGCAUGCCGGUGGGGAUGGUGUUAAUGAUAUAAAGACUCAUGAUGAGAAAAUGCAACAACUGGAAAAGGACUUAUUUUUCUACAAGAUGACGAGCCGUGAGUUAAAGAAAAAGUUAAAGGAAAGCAAUGGAGAAAGCAUCCAGCAUAAGCACUCACAAAGCACUCAACAAGGCAAUGGCUACAAUUCCAUGGAAUCUGUAAAGGCUACAGGGAGUGAGAACAAAACCUCUAAUCCUGGUGUGGAGCACGGCAACGCACAACCUGACGAGUGGUCAGACCAUGGAAAGGUAUUUGAACGAGGAAAGGUCAGUGCAGACAGCGAGAAUUCUAGUUUUAGCCGGGCAGAGCGGGUGAGUCGGCUGAGAGAAGAAAUUGCAGAGCUUGUGCGGCACCCAACACCGCCCACAACACGCAGACAUUCUGAAAGCUCCGAGGAUCCACCUGGUACCACCGAGCUACAUGAGCACCCAUUGCGUCUACCACAUGUCUCCGAGAACACAGGACGCGUUAUGACGGUUAGGAAGCCUCGUAAAGAGCUACGGCAGAUCCCAGUUUCGGAGGUGACGGCACGGCGUGCGAGUCUCACUUCAAGCGUGAGCUCGAUGCCUGUAGACUCCAUUGAUGCUGGAAAAAAUCCCUGGUCAUAAAUGUACACCCUUGAUGCUAUGCACUUUGCUCCCAUUGUUUAGCACCUUAAACGUCCACAAAAGUCAUCAAUAAAUCUAUGGCUGGAUGAAGGUCUCCCCAAGAUAUCAUCAUCUUUCAUGGUCCUGUCUUGUAGCAAUUUCCCUACCACCUGCACAUGAGCUAAUAUCGUCACUUCAUCUUCAUGGUGGACAUCCUCUCAGGCGCAUUGCAUUGUUAUUCUUGACUACCAGCCAGUAUCCAUUCUCGCAGUGUCCUGUGCAGGACCACUUCUUUUAAUGUAAAAAAUGUCUUUAACAUGCAUAUUUUCUCUAAUCUAUGUGUUCCUCUUUCUUUCUCUCAAUGGAGUACUUGCAUGCAUCCAUCCCUCCAUACUUUGUGCACUUAUCAAAUUUUGUUCCAUUGUCCAUGUUUUUCAUGCAUAUCAUUAUAUUAAAGGGUUUCAUUGGUAAAUUGCUUUUCAUGAUCAAGUUUAGCCUUUCAAAAGCACUCCAACCUGCUCUCUUGUCCAUCUGUCCAAAGCAUUUACUUUCAUCCCAGUCCACCUUCAAUUAACUUUCCCAGAUAUAUUGUCUUCCUCUUGUAUAUAUAAAGAAAAAAAUCUGAUAUUUAAGUUAAAUAAUAUCGGAAUAAAUUAAUGUAUAGUUUUUACUAUUUAGAUGCUAAUUUAUAGUAUGUUUCAUUUAUAGUACUAAAAAAGUGUACAUAUAUUUUAUAUAAGCCAAUGUUUUGUUUAAUUUUAUAGAUGUGAUUACACCUAAUUUUUGUACCUUGAAUAAAAAAAAUAUGCCUUUUGAAAUAUUGCAAGUACACAUUUCAUUGUCAAAUUUUUUUUUAAAACUUAUUUUCUUUUUGUAUGCUAUGUUUUCUAAUUGACUCAGCAAUUGCGUGUUCUUUAUACAUUUGUUUUGAAAUUAGCUAGGGUGGAGGAUUUUUGUUGAAGGGAUUUUGAGUGUGCAAUAUAACUUUAUUUUGAAAAUUUCAGUGAUUAGGAGCCAAUUAUAUUAAACAUGGCCUUUUAUACAAUAAAUGUAGCAUCCAGAUUUGAAUUGUUGUC